CAGUCAUUCAUGCGGUGCGGUCGUUCGCGAAUGCCGCAUCUCCUGGCAGGUCUAUGUGUGGAUUUUGUAACACAUUGCAAAUCGUUUUGUUCCAAAAUACGAUUUUCAUUAAUUCCAUAAAGCCAUGGAUGAUGAAACCGAUUGGCUAUAUGAAGGGCCAUUUAUAAUACCACACUUAGGCAUAUAUUACCGAGUGCACGGUUAUCCGCAGGUGGACAUGAAUCAGGAUCUGGAUGGAGAUGAUGCAGAUGAUGAAUCUGAUACUGAGAAAACAGAAAUGUAUGAUGAUCCGAAUUCUGAAUUAUGUUGGGAAUUUGCGUCGCCUUGGUCUGAUGCGGCAGGAUACGUGUACAUGAAUGGGGACAUUGGGAAGCUCCCCUCAGGGGUGGUGUAUAACACUGCUCCUGAGUCCCUGGGCCCUUCUUUGGGCUCAGGGGUCUCUGGGGAGUAUUCUGCAAUUAAUGGAUCACCUGAGGGGACAGAAUGCUUUCUGGAACCAUCAGAUGGUUCGAGUCCGCCAGCCUCAGGAACUGAUGUGACUGCAAUGCCCAUAGAUCAACUCAAACAGAUGUUAUCUACACAACUGGAAUAUUACUUUUCUCGAGAAAAUUUGGUCAAUGAUGCAUACCUUAUAUCUCAAAUGGACAAUGAUCAAUAUGUACCCAUUUGGACUGUGGCUAAUUUCAAUCAAGUUAAACGCCUUACAAAAGACUUGAAAUUAAUAACAGAAGUAUUACGUGAAUCGCCCAAUGUCCAAGUUGAUGAGGAGGGCUUAAAAGUUCGGCCAAACCAUAAACGUUGCAUAGUUAUACUUCGGGAAAUUCCAGACAAUACACCAUUAGAGGAAGUAAAGAAUUUAUUUUCCGGAGAAAAUUGUCCAAAGCUUAUAUCAUGUGAGUUUGCUCACAAUAAUUCUUGGUAUGUAACAUUUGAAUCAGAUGAUGAUGCUCAAAAGGCCUACAAGUUUCUAAGAGAAGAAAUACGUGAGUUUCAGGGAAAACCAAUCAUGGCACGUAUUAAGGCGAAACCAAUGAACAGGCUGCCAGUUUUGCCCACUGCAGCUCCUAAUGUGAAUGUGCCCACUAUGAAAAAUGGUUACCAACAUGGUACGCCACCUCCAGCUCCGCCUGGGGUGUUUGAUCCUAGUACUGCUGCUUUCCAACCUGGACAACAAAGAUUUCUUUACACCAAUGGCUCUUCAGUUGCACCUACUGCUAUUCCAUAUGGUCAGAUGCAUGUUUAUCCAGCUUAUCAACAUAAUCCAUCAUUUUUUCCUUCAAUGUUGACGCAGUGGGGCACCCCUACUUACUUUGAUAUUGGAAGCAUGUUUCCAGUAAAUGGAAUAGCACCACAAGCUGCUUUUGGCAAGCCUCCUGGAAGUGGUAAUCGAUACGGAUCUUCAAAUCAGCGCAAUAAUAGGAAUAAGCGUGGCGGAUCCAACAGCAACAUUAAUGAUAAUUCAGGUCAUGUUCUGGUACGUCCACUUCAAGCAGGUAUUCAAGGUACAGGGGUCACAACUAAGAACUUCUCUGGAAAUGGCAAUAAAUAUUCACCAAAUUUAGAUUGGUCCCACACUCAUAAGGGCUUUCGGGAUGAGCGGAUUAGUAAUAAUGUACAGCAUUAUGCACAAGCUGCUUAUAUUGCUCCUGCUGCCAGUGCUGGAGCUGUGAAUCAAAUGGCUGGUGAUAGUGAUGCCAGUGCGGCAGCAAUGCGAUCUGAUAGUGAUGACAAUUCAUAUAGAUCACUUGUUGGAAAAGAGCAACCUCUUCCUCCGCGUCACAGACGUCGGAGAAAAGAAGAUGAAGCUUUGGGAGUUAGAGUUGUUAAUAAUGCGGGGCUUCCAAUUAAUAACACAAAUAACAUUAAGACUGGUGCCAUAUUGUCUAGCAAUGCGAACACACAGUUUGACUUAGAAGCAAGUGCUUUUCCCCCUCUGCCAGGGUUGGAAGAUCCUGGACAUUCAACUGCUAACAACACAUCUACUUCCAUGAUUAUGCACAGAUCUGACACAACUGUAGUAUCAGUUUUGCAUCAGACAACUGAACCAAUUGUUAAUGAAUCGACAAUUGCCCAUGAGCAAAUAACACAAGGUAGUAAUCACUGGGGUGAAAACAGAUUAGCAGAUGUUGUUAAAGGCACAGCACGACCAAAAUCUAGUAAGGAAUCCCAUCAUAGUAGUAUAGAUGCAGCUUCUCCUAGAUCAGUAUCUCCUGGUCCUGUGAACAAUGUAACUCAACAAGUAGAUGAUCCACCUCCUGAGUUAAGUAGUGUUGCUCUUACGCCUCCUUGUACACCAGAUAAUGCACCAAAUGAUCGCAGCGCUCACAACUUAGUUCCUUCAAUAACCACUUCUAUAGCAAAUAUUUCAAUAUCGACGAAUGCUGUUAAAAAUACUACUACCUCCAUGGCAGAUAAAUCUACUAGAACUGAUGACACUUUAAUGAGCAUGAAUGCUGUGAUAUCAACCACAGAAACAUCUUUGACUCAUGGGACUCUAGCACCUACUUCUGCAUCACCACCUACAACUACAAAUGCUGCAACAAUGACAACUGGUAAUAAUACUGUUACUUCCAAGCACAUAAUGCAGACUUCAGGUAGAGAGGGUCGAAGUCCCAGCCCUCCUAUGCUGGAUUUAAACCCUGCUCGGCUUAGUUAUGCUCAAGUUGCACAGCAUCAUAAGGAACGUUUGUUACGUGAGAAACAACAGAGUGAAGCCGCAGUAGCAGCUUUGCAAAAUGCAGAUAGUCAAUCAGAAAAAGAACGAAGGAAAGACAGUGCCAAUGCCAGUGCUUCUACUAUUCCCGUUGAAGCUAGAGAAAAUAGAGAAGGGCAGCAACAACAGCAAGGACAUGGACAGCACCAACAAUCAGCCAGAGACAGCACACAGCGCUAUGGGUCAUCUAGAAAUUCUGGUGGUCGUUAUAGAAAUGAAGCGCUGGGGCCAAAUCAAGGUCAAACAGGACAAAAUCAGCGACGCAAUACGCGCCCUCAACUUCGAGAAUUUCUAGGACCGCGCAGCCCUAAGUGACCGCUAGAUCAGAUGCUCCUAUUACUAUGUUCGUGAUAGUUGACAUACUAAACUAAUUGUGCAGUGAUUUCGGUGAUGCCCCUGGACCAUAUUUUGUGAUAGUUUAAGGAUAAAAUGAAAUAAAAAGGGUACCGAUAGUUUUGAUUACUAUAACGGUUUGUCGAACUCAUCACCUUUGCAACAAAUGAUUGCUGUUGUGAGAUCGACUGUGAAAAAAAUUGUUUCUGUAUAAGAAGUAAUAGAUUAGUAGGUUAAUUUUGUUCAUUGAUAUUUGUUAAAGAAAUGUAUGAAUAACCUAUUUGAUACGGUCAUUCAUUUGUUAUUCAUAUUUGUUUAUAUCUUUGUGGUUUAUAUUGUUUUAUGUUUUAUAUAUAAUUUUGUUUUUGAAUAUUUAGUUUAGUAGAUAAAUGAAAAGAAAUUGGGUGUUCUUUUCAUGUUUGUUCAUUUUUGGCUACUCUUUGUGUGUUAUCCCAUUGACUGAGUUGGAAAAUUAAGUAGAAAGACGGGAUGAUAUAAUGUUAAUGUGUAAUUAAUUUAGAAAAGUUGAAUGAGCAAUAUCAGCCUGUUAAAAAGUUCUGAUAUUGUGUGUUUAAUAUUGCAUAAAUCAUAAUAUAAAUAUAAAAAAAAGUAAAAGUUAUCAAUUUCUGAUAAGUAAAUAAAUGAAAAUCACAUGUGUAAAUGUUUUGGCCAUAUUAUGUACUUGGCUUUUGCUGACGUAUAUCAAGUAAUUUGAGCAAAGUGACAAUGAACUGUUAACUUGUGUAUGAUGGCCUAUAAUAUAGUUCUAGAAUCGAUGGACUAUGGAUUUUAUGUAUACAAACUAAUCAGAUUAAUUGUAAAAAAAAUGUGAUUAAUAGCCCUAGUGGUCAUUGUAUAUUUUUGUUUUCAAUACAUAUUGAACGUGUUAACUCUCGCAUUAAAAUGUUUUUGUUGCAAA